CACUGGGCUGGUGGUUUGCCCAACAGUUCUCUGUGCUUGCAUCACUCGACGGCAGUGUCGCUUCGUACGGCAGCUCAGCAAUGGCAGCGGCGAACCGACCCAGCGACUGCUAUGCCCUCACUGAGAGCCGCUUCCGGCGGCAGCUCUUCCUGGAGAGGGCGCAUGCAUCGCUGGGACGUGCGGGCAUGCGGCAGGUCGAAGUCAUUCUGAGCAACAUCCGCCACACUACGAUGACAUUACUCAGCUCCACCUCGUGGAUGGACGAGCAGACUCGCAAGGAAGCAGCUGCCAUUGUAGGGCGCACGGAAUUCGAGGCAUGGAAGCACCACAUCGCAAACAACCGCGAGGGUGAGGACCGCCAGAAAAAGGUGGUGGCAAGGAGCGCAGGUGAUGGAGGACGUAGCGCACGGAAGGAGUCCCAGGUCAGCGGCAGUAAUGCGAACGAUACCGAAGGCGGCGUCGGAAACCGAAUAUCUGACGCACGUCCGGAAUUGCCUGCGCCGCCACUGCCACGAGUCGGUGAGCGGGAGAGGAGGCGUACGUCCUCGUACACGACGGUGGUUGAGGGCUGGGUCGACUCUGCGAGGAGAUACAAGUUACGUGUCCCCAACUGGCCCCUGGACGACUCCCUGCUGCACCGACAUCUGUCGUACGCCACACUGGUCCAGUACGACCACUGGUGGAACUCCGCCUUCCUCCAUAUGGCGGCGUUCGCGGAGCCUCUCUUCUACCUGGACGGCCCGCCGUCCGCUAACUAUGGAGGCCUCGGUGUGGUGCUUGCCAGGUACCUCUACAAGGCGUACGACUACGCGCACGGCACGCAGCUCGACGCGGAUCGCAACGUGCGCUUCUGGAUGUCUCGCUCCAGUCUCGAGUCGUUCGAGAAUAAGCUGGCCUGCGUCAACGACAGCAGCUGGAUGAUGGCGCACGUGGCCGCGAUUGAGAUCGCCUACGCGGCCGCCUUCGGAGCGAGGAGCGAGCGAGGAGGCCAGAAUGCGGUGGAAGACGGCGAGCGCAAGAGCAUCUGGCUCCCGGGUCAGCGAAAGGCCGUCUCGCCGGAAAUGGUCUUCUUCCUGGUCUACUGUCGCUCCACCUGCCGGUCCAGGCACGGCGACCGGCUCGGUCAGUCGCACCCGGGCAGACGCCGUUGCGGCGAAGUUCUGAAGCGUAUGGCCAGCUUCGGGCGGGCAUUCAAGUGCCGCCCCGACUCUCCGAUGAUGUCGUGGGGUCCCAAGUGCUCGUUCUUUGGUAACUGAAGACGAUAAAAAAAAUGGGAGAGAACAAUGUACUGUGCAGCCGACGACUGCUGCAGUGGCAGAAUAGGCGCGAUAGGUUCGCGCGUUAAUGUUUAUAUAUGUACUUCUUUUCCAUUUCCAAAGGUUUGAACGCUAUAUUAAAGGUUGAGUGCCAUCUCGCA